AUGAUGACCCCUGAACCAAAACAAAAUUUCAUCUGUUUUUGUGUUUUGUGUCAACAAAUGAGCUAAUUUAUCUUUUUCUUGUCAUUUAAUUGUGAUGCUUUCUAAUUAACAAUCAUCUAGUGUCUUAUGAAUGUGAUUUAAAACUAUUUUCAUAUAUCAUGUUACAUAAAACUAUAUUCAAGCUCAACCUGUGUUAUCUUAGAAACAGCUGUCGUCUUUUUUCAAGGCACAUUAAGAAAUCCAAAUUGAAAACAGAUUCUAACAAUCAAUGUCUCAUUAAACCUAAACAACUUUGGAAACCUGCCGUUAUCACAAUUUCGGUUACCGGAGUUUCUUUCGCCUCUGCAAUCAUCAUUGAUUAUGAGAAACAUCGUUUUUCUAAAGAUUUAUUACCAGAAUCAUUUCAUCAACUUCGUCGAAAAUAUGAAAUCAUUAACAGGAUUUACCUGACUUGGAUUCGACUUAAUCCUUGUGAAAAAGUUUUCUUUGGGAUAUGUGCCUUUAACUUAUUAGUUUGUUUUGGUUUAAAAACUAUUCCUCAUCGUUUGUUUCCUUAUUUUGUGAGCCAAGCUCGAACAAAAAUGCUUUUGCCUUCAAUGAUUCUCCACAUUUUUAGUCACUCUUCUCUUCUUCAUCUUGCCGCUAAUAUGUACGUCCUCUAUAGUUGUCUACCAAUGAUCAAUUAUCAUCUUGGAACAAGUCAAUCUUGGGCACUUUAUUUAAGCGCCGGUGUUUUUGCUUCAUUCAUUAGUAUUGUCCACAAAUGCUGUAGAGGCAUACAUCAGCCCUCCCUUGGAGCUUCAGGAGCUAUCCUUGGAAUCCUAGCAGCUUCUUGUAUGAUUAAUCCUGAUGCUAAACUGGGAAUAUUAUUCAUCCCCAACUUGUUAUUUCCAGCUAAAUAUGGUAUUUGCGGUAUAAUAGCCUUUGACACAAUGGGUAUAAUCAGGCGUUGGAAAUUAUUUGACCACGCUGCUCAUCUAGGUGGGACGCUUUUUGGAAUUUGGUACAUAAAUUAUGGCCAAGAACUAAUAUGGAGACAGCGAAAUCGAUUUUUACGAUCGUAUGUGGAACUCAAAAAACGCUUUUGAUUUCUAAUUUAUUUGUAAAUAUUUAAAAUGCACCUGAUCAGUUGCAAUAGAUGUGAUAAUCUUUUCAUGUGAAAGUUACGAAUCAGCUUUUCCACAAAAAAUAAACAGAUUCUAUUCACACUU